AAAGUGGCACACAAUUUGUCAAUGUCAACAGAUUCGUGCAUGUCAAGAGAUCCUACGUGUCAAGCGUAGUAAUGUCCAACCUAAAUACAUGUUUAUUAAAUUAUUUUACUUUUUAUUGUAUGUGAUCAUUUUAACGCAAUGCAAAAUCGAAAUACGGGAUGCUAACGUUGCGGCUUUAAGUCGUGAUGAAAUUGGAAUGGUAUUUUAUAUUUUAAUGGAAAACAGUAAUGCUUGUUCCUAUGAAGUAAAAGUAAACAUGAUUGAGUGUACAGAAGUGAUUACUGAAAUGGAUAAAGACUCUGCUUUUAUGUAUCUCAUUGGUGGACACAUGGGAGUCUUGAAAGCACAUUGCUUUAAGAAUUUAACUAUAAUAUAUCCAAAUAUGUAUUUGCAUAAUCGUCGAGGAUAUUGUUUGAUUUCUAUAAAAUUCAAAACAGAACAGGAUGAAGUAGUACAAAAGAAAGCUAAUAUCUCUUUUAAUACUUAUAUUUCAAAGAAAAGCACUCCAUUAGUUAUGAGAGGUUAUUUUAGUAAGAGUGAACUAACCGGAUGUGAAACAGUUGAUCAAGAUCCUUUAAACCAUUGCAAUCCAGUUGAUUGCCACAUGAAAUACUUGGGAACACGCAAUUAUUUCUCCAGACAUUUACAAAGAUGUCAAAAAGUGCCUCUUUGUUUAACUGAUCCAUGCAAGGAAAUGCCUGAUUUAAUUUAUUCACCUGGUACAAAUAAAUGUCGUGAUAUGGAGAAAACCGUUACAAAAGCAGAUCUGCAAACAAUAGAAGCUGGUAUGACCUCAAAAGCAGAUGAAGAUUUCUACUAUAGCAACGCCAACAUAAACUGCCAUUUUGGGAAAUUCAAUAAUCUAACUGGAAAGUGUGAUUGUCGUGAUGGUUGGACCUCAGCGCCUUUGGAAAAAGAUCGGGUACCACAGUCCGGAUUGUUUGCUUAUCACAUGUGUAAUAUUGAAUCAACAGAUUGGUAUGAUACAAAUUCUAGGAAGUUAAAAUUAAUUUGUGUUAUAGUUGGAAUUCUUGCUGUGAUAAUAGCAAUGAUCAUUAUUUUUGUUCAUUUUUGAUUCAACUCUGCUACGAUUGCAUCAAAUCCUUUGAAAACAAUUCUGGGAAAGUGCAAUACAAGCACAGCACCAAGAUAAAAUCAAAUCUACGAAAAUUAUACAAACGUCAUCAUCGUGCCAAACGCACAAGAUCCAAAUCACCCCGAUCACCCCGAUCACACCGCUCACACCAUUCUGGAAGUCAAUCUUCUGCAUCAUCGAGAUCAAGAUCCACACAUCGUUCGCAUGCCACCACUACAGAUCACAGCACUUGAUCAACUAUCUUUUAACCUAGAUACAUACACAUUCAUUGUGAAAUGGUUAUUCGUACUAAACUUAUUAUACAUUGAGUUUACAGUUAA